CACCAAUGACCUCCAUGAAAACAGGGUCCCAGACAAGCCAGUUGGUCUGAAGGCCGUGGCGCUGACUGACCACAUCAGGGUGUGCUGGCAGCCCCCCGCACAGCACAAUGUGCUGCUGUGCGGCUACACCAUUGCCUGGGACCAAGGCGUGGCGGACAUCUACUCCAAGAUCGUGGACAGCAAGCAGCACGGUUACAUCAUUGAUAAGCUGGAACCCAACAUGGAGUUUGUGAUAAGCCUGCGAGCCUUCAACAACGUGGGUGACGGGCAACCGGUGUACCAGCAAGUCCGCACCCAGCCAGAGGAGGAGGAGGUGGUGGCACCCACGCUGGACCCGGCGGUGGGGGUGAAGGCCGUGGUGCUGACGCCCUUCACCGUGGUGCUGCAGUGGGCAGACACCAUGCUGAGCCAGAACCAGUACAACAGCUGCACCACCUUCUCGUCCUCAUCCUCCAGCCGCUACGUCAACGCCACGGAUGUGACCUGCCUCAUUGACAGCCUCAAGCCAUCAACAGUGUGUUUGGCGUGAGUCCCCCUAUAGCCUGGUGGCCUCCAACACCCUGCUGGUGGCCUGACCGUCCUGGCCCUCCCUGGCCAGCCGUCCACCACCACCUUCACCCGGCAGCCGCUGCAGCGGAACAAUGGGAGGAUCACAGGCUACGUGAUAUUCCUCACCACGGACCAAACUGUCGGUGACUGGGUGAUGGGGGAAGUGACGGGGGACUGGCUCACCCUCACCGUCCAUGGACUGACGCCUUCAAGGAAGUAUUUGCACAAGAUGCACUCUCACAAUGUCAAAGGUUUUGGUCCAUUCUCCUCCGUGGAAAGCUUCACGACUUCCAGUGUUGGCGGCAGCUGCAGUGAGAGCAACAAGCCUGGCGUCCAGCCUCCAGACCUGUGGAUCCAUCACGGCCACUUGGAGCUGAAGAACUUUGACAAGGGUGAGCGCAGCAACUCCCCCAACCACGCCUCCAUCAUCCAGCACACAGGAGUCGCGUCACAUCACAAUGGAACCAAAAAAGGACGAGAAGGGACAAGACAAGAAGAAAAGGUCUUCUGC